CCGGCUGAUGCUGGGACCGCGGUACCUAGUCGCAGUCUGCUGGGGAAGGAAUAGCAGGUUACACCGGAACAGGAAGCGGGUGCUCGUAGUCCUGAGGCUGCGGCAUGUAUGGAGCGACAUUUGGCCGCACUUUCCAGUUCCAACAACUCCAGUUCCCUUAGAAGGUAAAGAAUUCAGAUGAAGGAUUAGAGAGAACCUAAUUUUCUCAUGGCUUGGAAAAUGGGUUUCACGAAUGCAUUCCUACGAACUGUAAGAUGUUCAUCAUUCCAUAGUGUGAUAAAGGAAGGAGUAAAGGGACAAUUCCCCUUGAGGAUAACUCGGCAAAACCCGCAGUGCCGAAUGUUGAUGCUAACCCACCGCAUUAAGAACCAAGAGAAGCCCAGUGCUUCCGAAAAGGUAGAUCUAGACACAUGGAAAAAUAUUUUAAGAAAUGCUCCGCCAAAGACUGAAAGUGAGCAAAGUGAACAAGAAAGCGAAGAAGAGGCGACUAUGGAAAGUAUGCAGAAGCUUGUUGACAUGUGGAGACUGGCAGGAAAAGCCAUGCCUGAUUCCAUUAGUACAGAGGAAUUACAGGAACUUCUGCAGCUUCCUACAAAGUCUUCCCGAAAAAAAUACUUAAAAAAACUCCACAUUAAAGAACUAUAUAAGAAAAGCAGACAAAAAAAGAAACUGGAAAAAAAGCAGUCAAUGAGCGACACUGAGAGCAACCCCGAAAAGCACAGUUCCUACUUGAAGGUCUGGAAGAGGAUGGAGGAUAACUUUGAUUCUUGGCGAAUUGCCCAGGCAAUGAUAUUCGGGCAACCUGUUGUAUUUGAUAUGGCUUAUGACCGAUAUAUGUCUGAGAGGGAAAUGGAAAAUACAGUGAGUCAGCUUCAGAUGUGUGACGGUUUUAACAAAAAGUCUAUGGAGCCCUUUCAUAUCCACUUCUGUAAUUUACAGCCCAAUGGGCCCUACCAUAAAGAAUUAGUGAAACGUUACCAAGGUGCCUGGGAUAACGUCUUAAUAACAGCCACAGAAAAAUCUCACGUCGACAUCUUUCCCAAGGAUCGACUUGUUUACCUGACCGCUGACUCGCCAAACGUGCUGAAGACAUUUGACCAGGAUAAAAUCUACAUCAUUGGUGCUUUCGUGGACAAAAGCCAAAAGACCGGCGUGUCUUUUGGGAAUGCUAAGCGGCUGCAGCUAGCCACGGCUCGCCUGCCAUUGGAUAGCUUUCUGAAGUGGAAUUGUGGCCCUAAAAAUCUCACCCUCAACCAGGUGAUUGAGAUUCUGAUGACUUUAAAGGAUACAGGAGACUGGAACAAAGCGCUGUCAUGUGUUCCAACUAGAAAACAUGAUGGAUUUAGGGAAAGACUUGAAUCUUUUGAAUUCAAAGGCAAUCGAAAAAAGACCCAAACUAAUUUGACCCAGCAGCAGCAUAAAACUGAUGGCAAGAGAAAGAGUCGUUUUUUUUAGUGUACAUAUUAUUUAACAUUACAAUACUGUAAACACUUUAUAUAUAUAUAUAUAUAUAUAUAUAU